UCCCAAACUUUUGAAAUACUCAUACUUACGUCAAUCACCAUGUUUCAUAUAUCAAAAUUUAAAAUUCGCGGUGCACGAAAUGAUCAAAACAACACCUUGGACAUAACAAAGAUACCAUUUUUCCCAAAAUACGAGACGAAACUAAUUUACCAAGAAAAUUUAAGUAUAACGUGGUUCGAGAUUGGAUUCUCGCAAUCAAAGUACAGUUACGAAGAAUGUCAAAAUGGCAGUCACGCGUGUACCCUUAUUGCAGUAAUCACCGCAGCCAAAUGUCAUUUUGGAGAAGUAAAAAUAGGAUUGCCUCAGGAACAUAUUAACGAACAGUUAGUGUUGGCACUAGCUCAUGGAAUGCUACUUGGUAACUCGAUCCAUGAAGACCUAAAAGCGAAAAAGACCCUGUCAAAUUAUAAUUUAACAAUACCACAAUCGUUGAAAUAUGGAAAAGGGCACGUUAGAGGGUUAAAAGAAUGGUUCAGCGAGUUAUAUGCCAAAACAUUACAAGCCAGUUUGUACGAAAACCUGAAGCGUCAAUGGCAAAGAUGGCAGCAGUAUUGCGUGUCAAAGAAUAGAUCUCUUAAGGAUCUGUACGUUGUUUUGAUAUGUGACAGUAGAAGCGUUUUAUUUAUAUUUCAGAGCCACAGUGAUACGGUGUCACUAAUCGAUUCGCACAGACAUUCCCCUACGAAAGGCGCUUUUAUUGCUACUACGAGCAGAGUCAAGUUGAAAUUGCUGUGCCAAUGGUUUGGAGAUGCUAUUUAUAAAUAUCACAACUCCUUUCCUCAAUUAUAUGAACUGUCGUACUUAUAUUUUAAAGAUAUAAGUAAUUAUCUUAUAACUUACUAACAAAUUCAUCAUGUCCCAAACUGUUUCAAAGUCUUACUACGAGAAAA